GCAGAGCUACGUGAAGAGCAGCAAUGGUACACCAGCACUAUGAACCUUCUAGGAACAUGGCUGACUGACCGUAUGGACCUUCAGCUCCACGUUUAUCAGCUGAAGAUUCUCAUCAGGGUUGUCAAGAAAAAGUACCGUGACUUCCGCCUUCAAGGUGUUCUGGACUCUACAUUGAACAGUAAGAUGUAUGAGACAGUGAGAAACCGGCUGACCUUAGAAGAAGCCACUGCCUCAGUGAGGGAAGGAGGGAUGCAAGGCGUUUCCAUGAAGGACAGUGAUGAAGAGGACAACGAUAACUGAAUCAAAGGGCCUGAAAACUACAAUAAUGUCAAAUCUUUACAGACGGUUAGCACUACGCAGCCUGAGAACCCAUGCAGCCUCUCCGUGAGGUCAAAACAGAUUGGCCUAACGUCCCACUUUUUCACUGCAUUAUUUUGCUGUUUCAGUUUAUCAUUGCUGUAAUAGUUCCACAUUUCUGUCUGAAUAUAUACAAGAAGAAAAUGUUGUGUCUAUAAACACUUGCAAUACGCAAGGCUGUCUUAUCAAUGCUAUUCAUGUAGAAAUGAUCAAUGUAGGCUCAUCAAGCUUUCAUUCCUUACAACUAAAACUGAAAUGUGAGCAAAUUAGUUUCCAGAAUAAGAGAGUGAGAAAAGCCCAGCUGUGAUUGUGAACACCACACAAAGCAGCCUUAUAAAUAAGGUAGUAAAGACUAAGGUGGUUGUAUCUAUAUGGAGUUCAUCUUCUGAAGGGAAAACAUUAUGUUGUACCUUCAUUGUGUGCCUCCCAAAACAUCUGCAGUCUUUGUGUGGGAGCUUUCCUGUUGCUUGUCAAGAAAACUAAGAAGUACACACAUCUCUUCACUUUAGGCAGUUCUGAUUCAGUAAAACGUAUGUAACACUCAAAUGAUCCAGGUUACUAAACUGUGGUUCAAAGUGAAACAGUGUUGAUACAGGUUUCUGUUUUUUAAGCCUGCCAACAAAUGGAUGAUGAACAUGAGUGCAAAACUAAAACAUUCAUAAGAUAUUUACAAAUCUACCCCUGAAUGUCCUCAUGCAAUAUGGUUGACAAUUUUGUUCUCAACUUUAUGAACAAGGCUAUACAUUUCUUUGUGUUAUGCUAAAAAUGUUUAACUUUGUGUUGCAUUGUUGUAAAAGGUAUGAAUAUGGUCUCAUAUAACAAUGGGUUUGAAUCAUGUUGCAACUUAAAAAAUCUAAACAAAAUGUUUAAAAUUAUGUUCUGUGGUCGGAUGUGACAGUGAUGGUUGUUGCCUGUUCUCAGCUUUGUUUCUCAAAUAGUCGCAACCACUGUCAAACAGCAAAUGAAAAGACAUUGUCAACAAUAAAGUUGAUAGGUGCAAAAAUGUUGUCAAUUUUAGCAAAAUAGUCAAAACUGAAAACAUCAUUCAGCAUAAACAGAAUUCCCGUUCUUUCCCCUCUUACCCGGUGUCAUACGAGGAAUCAUUGUCAAUGGCGUCUCUCGUCUCUCACCUCUUCCAGUUAGCCUAAUACAGUCUGAAUAGGUGUUAGCAUGUGUGUAGCAUAAGUACGAGUUUCACCCAAAAGGCUUUGGCAGUUUGUCAGUAGUUGUCUGCUGGCUAAACCAUGCUAGACAGGUUUGGAAAAUGUAUGAAACAAAGAAUGAACUCUGGGCAACUAGCUGUUGUGUAUUUGAAAAACAUUAUCCUAAAGUACACAGACAUAAUACUUCAAAGGUUCAUCCACAGUAUCUAGGUAAUGCAGCUGAAGCGAGCACAGGGAUGCAACAGAGUCAAUCUACCAGCUCUCCACCACCUUUCAGUUUGCGUACUGACACCGGUACGCGAAUACUCACCUAAGGGUUGGCUGAGGGCAUCAUGAGGGCAAUAAGAUAAAACAAGGAAUCAGCCUCUGGAGAGCAGGACUGUCCACAGCUAAUAUCUUGGUAUGGUCCGCAGAUGGAUGGAAGACUGACAUCCCUAGGACUAACUAUAGCAGGGCAAGACCUCAUCUUUAUUCAACAAAACAUUCAUGUAAUUAACCUAAAUAUGUCAACAACACCAUUAAUCUGCAUAAUUGUGACAAGUAAGUAAGAAGUCAGUUUGAACCAAGCAGCUAAAUGAAACACAUUUUUUGCAUGAGAGAUGAAAUUGUACACACAAAAUAAAGCAAAGGCACAUAUCUAGCAAAGAGUAAAACACGUGUAAAAUGUGUAUGGGACAUGGUCUGUGUUGUGUGGAGUUAAAUCGAAAAAAAAGAGGAUUUUGAAUCAAAGAGGAGGUGAGGUCUAUCUCUGGCUUCAAUAUAAACACUUCUGGAACUUUACUACUUGUGUGAAUGCCACAAGUGCAUCCAGAGUGAGUGAGUAAGCUUCAUGUAUCCUUUACAAAGAAAGUGAUACAGUGUAACUCAUUUAAGAAUCGCAGCGUCAAACUGCUUACAUAUAAAUCUAUCAACACAAGCUGCAUCUUUUUGUAAGUAAACACUUACUGACUCACGCUCUCACUUUUUCAAACGUUGGUGCUUUGAUUUCCACUUCAACCUAAAGCCUCUGACAUUUCCUUUCUUUAUUUUGUUUAAUAGACAAGUUAGCAAGGCAAUACGCAUACAGUUUGGUUUUAUCACACUAAUAGACCCGUUUUCAUCCUUUUUCACAUUUUCAUUUUUAAAACGAAUGCUCUAUUUUAGUUAAAUAUCAUUUAAGUAAGAGUUUAUUUGCCAUCUGUCCUGAUAUGUGCUCUGUAUUCAUUCCAGCAUGUAUGACGGGGCUAAUCCCCAUUUUUAUAAUGGAUGAUGGGAAGUGAAGUCUGCCUGUAAUUUCAACAGUUUUCUAUACUGUGCGUCGCCCUGCGUGCAAGUACUGCAUGUCCCCGGUGUUCACUCCCUUAAGUGUGUUUGCUCCAUGUGUGAAGUUACCGGUGGGUUCAUCAUGCUUCUGCCUCCUAGAAGAGCCCACCAAGUCGGAGAACAUUUCAAUAAAGGAUAAUGGCAA